AUGGGGGAUCUGCAGAAAUGCCUGGCCGGUGGGGAAUACGACGAGCUGAAGGACUGUCCCCUGUAUGAAAGCAAUUUCGUACAGGUCACGAGAUCAGGGGAGGUGGCCAAUAGGGUCACUGUGGGGAUCGCUGCCAGCAGCCGCAGCCUGGAGCUGCCUGAUCUGAUGUUGCUGGCCCGGCCUGAAAAGUAUGGAGAAAGGGGGCACACAUUUCUCCUACCCACCAGGCUUCUGCCCCUGAAGUUUGUCCGGAUCUCCAUCCACGACAGGACCCGAUACCAGUUAAAAGUUAGGCUGGCUAGCGGCCGCCUGUUCUACCUGCAGCUUCUGGUGCGUCCUCCAGAACUGGACAAUGUUUUUGGGCAGUGGAUACGGUUGCUCUACUGCCUACACGUGUGCCAGCCAGCGUUCCUGAGCUACCCCCAUCGUGCUGUGACCAGGAGGUCAUCAUAUGCGAGCUGCAGCUUCCCUCCCCAAGAAUCAAAGAUUCUGAAUGAGGACCCCUUCCUUGUACGUUGUCGGUCGCCGUAA